AUGCCAUUUGGCUCACUCUCAGUAUCCAACACGGCCAUUCCACAGUAUGCUCCUCUAUAUCCCGUGGGUGGCAGUGACUAUAUAAGUGAUACUGUUCUCACCAUUACCUAUCAAACAUCGGUUCAAUGUGUGCGCCAUCUUGUGCCGGACAUGCUAGAGCUUGAAGACGAACCACAGGUAUCAGUAAUGAUCUUGCAGCACACAAUGACAACCUUCGGCCCAUACAACGAGUAUGUCCACUCGGUCAAGGUCAAAUACAAUGGCGACACAUUUGACUACUUCCUUUUACUCAUCCUAGACAAUGACUCGCCAAUAUCCUGCGGUCGCGAGCAAUUUGGAUUCCCUAAGAAGCUGGGGAACGUGUCGUUAGUGUUGAAAAAUGGAUCGACGGUUGUUCACGGCUACGUGGAGAGACCAGCAGGUCAAAAGGUCGUUGAAGUUGGUUUCCAGCCUGAAAAAAGAGUGAAGGACGCAGUUGAGACAACGAUCCAGGGGUUAAAUUUGCGAGUCAUCCCCUCGGUGGUUUCGGGUCACAGUCCCUCCGUCAAGGAACUGGUGCCAGUCGAAAUCAGUAUGGAGGCAAGCGAGGUUUGGGAAGGCGAUGGCUCUAUCUGCUUCCCCGAGCCAUCAAGGUUUGACCCGAUGCAUGAAGUCAAAGUCCUUCGGUACGGAAGAGCGACUCUGUUGCGGAAUGCAUCCCUUGCAAUCCCUCUGCCGACAAAGGUGUUCCACCUAUGA